AGCCACUCGAAAGGAUAAGAGGAUGCUUCCUGCAAUCCCAGUACAGAAUAAAACACUCAACUCAAAAACGUGAUAAAAUACUGUAACUUUAAAAACGCUACAAAGAAGAAAACAAGUUAAACCCCUAUAGUGCAUAUGAAAAAUUCUUAAGGCAAAUGCUAUAAUUUGGACGACUAAUUCGGCAGAUACAAUCAGGGUUAUGAUUAUUUUGCUUUCGGGGAUUCAAAAAGCGGAUUAACUGUGAGUUCUCAAUGUUGAGGCUAUAGGAAUUAGCGUACCUUGUUCAGUUCAGAGUUCAGAGAGAGGUCUCCAAUCCAUGGCGGUGGCAGAAGAAGAAGCUAAUGGAAGAUCCCAGUUUCCUCCAUGGCUUGAAACUCAAACAGAAAUUUCUGGGCUAAGCCUGGCAAAUGCCAGCAUCUCUGGUAUUUUUCCUGAUUGGUUCGGGACUAAUUUUGCUAGUCUUAGUUACCUUGAUCUUUCCAGCAACUUCUUAACAGGGCCUGUUCCAUUAUUUGAUGCGAAUUACUCGACAUACUCGUCGUUUGAAUUUCUUAACCUUGCUAGCAAUCGUUUGACGGGCAGCAUUCCAGAUGAAUUGUGCAACUUGCAUUCUUUAAUGGUCAUAUCACUUGCCAACAACCAGCUGACUGGGAAAAUUCCCGCAUGCCUUGGCAACCUAAAGCAGCUGAUAGUGUUGAAUCUUGCGAAUAAUAGGCUUUCAGGUCAUAUUCCAGGCACACUUGGUAACUUGGAGAGCCUCCAGCAACUGCGUUUAAAUGGGAACAAGUUCUUUGGGGUGCUUCCCUCGUCAUUACAAAGUUUGAAAUCUUUGAUCACUCUUGAUCUCCGCAAUAAUCAGUUGAGGGACUUGAUCCCAGAUUGGAUUGGAAAAGAGUUCUCAAAUCUGCGUUUUCUUAUGCUCCAAACAAACAAUUUUAAUGGAAACUUGAGUAUGAUGUUGUCGAAUGGGUCAGGAGGACUUACAACAUUCGGUGUUUACAUGACAUCACUAUGGAACAGUAUGAAAGGAACAGACCUGGAGUAUUUCUCAAACCUUCAGUAUGUAAAAUCCAUAAUGCUUUCAGGGAACAACCUAGGAGGUGAGAUCCCUGAUGAGUUAAUGGAUCUUAAAUGCCUGCUAAAUUUGAACCUGUCAAGAAAUAAUUUAGUUGGAAAGAUCCCAGAGAAGAUUGGUAAUUUGAAGCAAUUAGAAUCCCUGGAUUUGUCAAUGAACCAACUAUCUGAAACUAUCCCUCAAAGCUUGACCAAUAUAGAUGCUCUGAGCUACCUCAACUUGUCAUUCAAUAAUUUGACAGGGCGUAUACCGUCAGGGAAUCAUUUUGAUACCUUGAAUGAUCCAUCCAUUUAUGAAGGAAAUAGUGGACUUUGUGGUAAGCCCCUAGCGAAGAGCUGUCAUGGAAAUGCAGCUUCUAAUCAGGCGAUUGAUGAUGAUAAUGAUAAGUUCGAGUUCUUAUGGUUUUACUCCGGUAUCGGACCUGGUUUUGCAGUGGGUCUGUUGGGAUUUUUCUUGGUUCUUUAUAUUAACAAGUCAUGGAGACACGCUUACUUCAGGUCUGUGGAAUAUGUUUGUAACAGAGUCAGGGGACGUUGUCAAUUUUGUGAGACAGCUUUGUUUAUUUCUAUGUUUUCAAAACCGGACCAGUCUGGGCGGUCGAACCGAAACAAUAACCGGUUUCUUAGUCUUAACGUGAACUCCCAAUGGAUUCCUCCAUUUCAGCUUCAGGAACUUGAGAUGGUUUCUGUCUUCAUAGGAACCGAAUAUCCUCACUGGCUUCGAACUCAAAGUGAAAAUAGUUGGAUAAGUCUAAGAAAUGCUAGCAUCUCCGGUUCUCUUCCUAGUUGGUGUGCGACUACCUCUGCCAAUCUUUAUUACUUUGACCUUUCCGACAACUUCUUGACUGGACAUGUUCCUGUAUUUGAUGUGAAUCAGUCAUUAAACUUUCAAUCUUUACGUAUCAUAUCUCUUGCCAAUAACCAGCUAACUGGAAAGAUUCCUUCAUGCCUUGGAAACUUAAGGCAGCUAAAAGUGUUGGAUCUGGCGAAUAAUAGCCUUUCAGGCCAAAUUCCACAUACACUUGGUAACUUGGGUUGGCUUCUUGUCCUGCAUUUGAAUGGGAACAAGUUAUUCGGCACGCUUCCUUCGUCAUUGAAAAAUUUGACAUUAUUGACCACUCUUGAUCUUGGGAAUAAUCAGUUCAGGGACUUCAUUCCUGAUUGGAUGGGGGAAGCAUUCUUGACAGAGAACAACUUGCAUCUUAGACUUCAGUCUAACCAUUUUUAUGGUAACAUUUCUGAAAAUCUCUGUCAGUUGUCUUCCCUUCAAGUUUUAAAUCUGGCAGAAAAUGACUUAGUUGGCAGCAUCCCUCGUUGUCUUGGCAACUUGAGUAUGUUGCUCUCCGAUGAGCCCGGAUCAGACAUGGAGUAUUUCACAAACCUUCAGUAUGUGAAAUCCAUGAUGCUUUCGGGCAACAACCUAGAUGGAGAGAUCCCUGAUGAGUUAAUGGAUCUUAAAGGACUGCAAAAUUUGAACCUUUCAAGAAAUAACUUGAGCGGAAAGAUCCCGGGGAAGAUUGGUGAUUUGAAGCAACUGGAGUCCCUGGAUUUGUCAAUGAACCAACUUUCUGGAACAAUCCCUCAGAGUUUGGCCAAUAUAGACGCCUUGAGCUAUCUAAACUUGUCAUUCAACAAUUUGACAGGACAUGUACCGUCAGGGAAUCAUUUCGAUACCUUGAAUGAUCCAUCCAUUUAUGAAGGAAACAGUGGACUAUGUAGUAAUCUUGCAGUAAAAAUCUGUCCUGAUGAUUCACCGGCAAGAGAAAAUGAACUGCAACUUCGAAUAGAGGAAUUGACGUUCUCAUGGUUUUAUUAUGGUAUCGGACCUGGUUUUGCAAUUGGUUUCUUGGGAGUUUUCUAUGUUCUUCAUCUUAAGAAGUCAUGGAGACAUGCUUACUUUAGAUUGGUAGAAAACGCUUGCGACAAAGUUAGGGUGAGCUCCCAAUGGAUCCCUCCAUUUCAACUUGUAGACCUUAGGAUGGAUUCUGUUUUCAUUGGAACCCAAUUUCCUCCUUGGCUUCAAACUCAAAGGAAAAUUUUUCGGAUAGCACUAACAAAUGCCAGCAUCUCCGGUUCUCUCCCUUUAGCUGGUUGGUGGGGAACUACCUCUGCCGAUCUUGAUUACAUUGAUCUUUCCAACAACUUCUUGACUGGACAUCUUCCUGUCUUUGAUGUAAAAUACACAAUAAACUCGCGGUUUCAAUUUCUUAAACUUUCUAACAAUCGUUUUACCGGUAACAUUCCUGAGCAAUUAUGCAACUUGCAGUCCUUAUGGGUCAUAUCCCUUGCUAAUAACAAUCUGACUGGAAAGAUUCCUCCAUGCCUUGGAAACUUAAAACAACUAAAAGUGUUGGAUCUAGCGAAUAAUAGCCUCUCCGGUCAAAUUCCAUAUACACUUGGUAACUUGGGUUGGCUUAAUGUGCUGCAUUUGAAUGGGAACAACUUAUUCGGCGUGCUUCCUUCGUCAUUGAAAAAUUUGACAUUUUUAAUUACUCUUGAUCUCGGCAACAAUGAGUUUAGGGACUUGAUACCUGAUUGGAUGGGGAAAGAGUUUUCUAGUUUGCAGUUUCUUAGGCUUCAAUCCAACAGUUUUUACGUUCCAAAGAAGGGUCACCUAAAGACUUACUCCAUUGACCUGUUGGAGAAAUGA